AUGGAGCAAUCCGAUGUGGUGGCCAAUGGUAAUGGCAAGUUCAAGACUCCUAGUUCUUCCGAUAUGCAAUACUACUACCAGUGCUUAUUCCCUUUCAAAGUAAUAUUCAAUUGGUUAAACCAUUCACCUAAACCAGGCAGAGAUAUUGUGAAUCGAGAGUUUGCAAUGGCUUUCAGGUCUGGAGCUUACAAGAGAUACAAUUCUUACAACUCUGUGCAAGAAUUCAAGACUCAGAUUGAGAAGGCCAAUCCUGAUAGAUUCGAAAUUGGAGCUAUCUAUAAUAAGGCCCCGAGGGAACGUGAUACUAUCCUGAAGAGCGAAAUGAAACCAUUGGAGAAGGAAUUGGUGUUUGAUAUUGAUAUGGAUGACUACGAUACGUUCAGAACGUGUUGUUCUGGGGCUCAAGUGUGUGAAAGAUGCUGGAAAUUCAUCACUUUGGCCAUGUUAGUGGUUAAUACGACUCUCACUGAAGAUUUUGCAUAUGAAGAUUUUAUUUGGGUGUUCUCUGGUAGACGUGGUGCGCAUUGUUGGGUCAGUGACAAGCGUGCACGUAUCUUGCACGAUUUACAAAGAAGGAACGUCCUGGAUUACGUUAAUGUGGUGCGAGAUCGUAAUGCUGACAAGAGGCUUUCUUUAAAAAGACCCUACCAUCCACAUCUGGUACGUUCAUUAGAGAUCUUGAAACCUCAUUUUGCGAGUAUUAUUCUAGAAGAACAAAAUCCAUGGCAAAAUGAUGAGCAUGCAUUUACUACUUUACUCCCCUGUCUACAUGAUAAGAACCUGAUAGACGCUUUGAGAAGAUACUGGUCUGAGAAUCCAAAUAGGUCAAGUAAAGAGAAAUGGAAUGAUAUCGAUGUGAUUGCAUCUAAAGAGAUCAAGACCAGUCGGAAGCAGGAUUAUGCCACCAGGCUACGUGAAUGUAAGGAAGAUAUGGUCAUUGCAACGUUGUAUCCAAAGCUGGAUAUUGAAGUUACAAAACAGACAAUCCAUUUACUGAAAUCUCCCUUCUGUAUUCAUCCUUCCACAGGUAACGUUUGUGUACCGAUUGAUAUGAAGUUUAACCCAGAUCAGGCACCAAAAUUGAUUACAUUGCAACACGAAAUGGAACAAAAUGGCAAUAACGUUGAGAAAACAAGUUUACAGCCAUUUAUCGAGUUGUUCCAGCAGCAUGUAAACAAAGUGAUGAAGAAUGACAUGGGUACUGUCAAAAGAGAACGUGCUGAGGACGGUGAAACUUCACUCGAGUUUUAA